AUGAAACUAUCCGAAAAUCCGAUUUACGUCAUUCCUAUCCACGUGACUUGUGAUGCGGACACUCGAGGAGGAAACUGGACGAUCAUUCUGCGUCGUUUGGAUGGAAGUGAGAUAUUUUAUCGAAACUGGAACACUUACAAAAAAGGAUUCGGGAAAUUAGAUGGUGAAUUCUUCCUGGGCUUGGAUAAAAUACACGCACUGACUGAAGACUACAGUCAGGAAUUGCUUGUGAUUCUUGAGGACUUCGAAGGUGACGAACGCUACGAAACCUAUGAGAGAUUUGGAAUCUCAGGCGAGGACGAACAAUAUGCCUUGAAUACGUUGGGUCAGGCCAAUGGAACAGCUGGGGAUUCACUUUCAUAUCAUCAUGGCGAAAAAUUUAGCACAUUUGAUCAGGAUAAUGAUCGUUUGGAUGAUAUUAACUGCGCUGAAACCCGACCUGGCGGCUGGUGGUACAAAGAUUGUCACCACAGCAACUUGGCUGGAGGAUAUAAUGAUACAGACGCCGGUGAAGGCGUCAAUUGGUACCAUUUUCGGGGUUAUAAUUACGCGCUUAAACGAGCUAUAAUGAUGAUACGUCCAAGAAAAUAUAAGGAACUUAACUAA